AUGAGAAACUCAACUUGGUUUUCAACCCAAGGCUGGGGGUCUUACUUAACUCCAAGCAUUGUAGCAUCUCGUAAUGCUUUCGCAUCAGCAUCUUCAAUGGGCGUAUUAGCUCAACACGCCCCCUUUCCGAACUCAUCUUACCCUCUGAAAUUUUUGGGGCCAGCCUACAAAUGCGGCAACGUGUCUGAGUCAGAGGAAGUUCGCUUCAAUGCUGUGAUCUGGAAUGAACACCACGGCUUUCCAGCUGUUGGGGCCCGUGUCUACUACGGCAUCAACCCCGGCAGAAUCAUCACCUCUGAUAACCCCGUACUUAAAGAUUUCAAUUUGCAAGAGCUUGGGUCAGGAUUUAAUUAUAUCUCGAUUAACAAAUUGUCAGCAGCCAAGAACAUAUCAUAUCAAAUGUACAAUGCAACAUAUAAUGUCCAGUUCCAAUUCAACAACGGCAUUCAAUCAACAAUCAUCCACAGUGUCGAUUCGAUGAACACAUAUAGCUACAGAGGAUACCCAGAUGAUAUGGACCACGACAGAUCUAAAUCAACCUACGCCGCGUAUGCAGACAUCUUCUCCUCCCUGAUUAGUGGGAAAAUGUACGAAGGAGCAUCUCAGCUGAAUGUACCGACUGGACUUAAUUUCGGGUCAACUGCAAUUUACAUGUGUCCGGAAGUGUAUAACGCAAUACCAGACGGCUACAGACAGCGAGAAACGGAGUCGUCAUCGUCAUGCAGAAAUGGAACUGUGGAAAGAGCUAUUGAAGACCUAUCGUGGAACAUUACUUUAAGCAUGUUCACUGUACCUGAACUUACGCUCAUGUAUCACAUAAUUGACUUCUCCAGAACGAACACUACGGUACCGGUUACAGCCUUGUUUCUAGAAGCUAGAUACAAAUACAACCCCCGAAAUCUCCUCGUUACCUAUGGCGUCGCGACGGCAAUAACAAUUGCCUAUGUCCUAAUCGGGUUUCACGCAUUUACUGUCAACGGAAUAGCUUCAGACAGCUCGUUUUCCAGCAUUUUGAUGACGACUCGAAACGAGGAUCUAGACACACUCAUUCGGGGUCACGGUCUCGUAGCCCAACCGCUGCCCGACGAGAUUGCAGAUGUGAAGUUGAUGUUUGGCGUUAUAGGAGGGAGAGGCUCUGAAGGGGGACAUGUGGCUGUUGGGUUGGCGAAUACGGUUAGUGAAUUGAAGAAAGGGGAACAGUAUUAUUGA